CUCUGUUGUCUGUGUCUGUCUGUGCAUCGCUUUAUACAGUGUACAUGUUGUUGAUAUUAUUAGACAGCUUUGUCGCUUUUGAGAAGACCAUACAGAUUCCUCAUGCCUGUUCAACCUUGCCUCUGCCUUUGCAAGGCUUCUUUAUAAAGUUGGUACUCCGUUUUUAGGAAUAACACAAGCAGUAUACUGCUGGCUAUGAACCUGGUAGGGCCUGGUUCAAAUUUUACCUCAGCCAUGAACUUAGCUAGGUGUCUUUAGGCAAGCCAUUAUCUCUCAGACUUAUUAUAUUGUCUAUACAUAUGGGAAUAACAGCACUUGACUACCUUAAAGGGCUGUUGCAAGAAUGACUCAGAUGUUUGCGAUACUCAAUGAAAAUUGGAAACGCACUCUAUUCAUUAGCAAUGUUCCCUCCCUCGACAUUUGUGGGAGCCCAGUCUAUGGCUGUAUCACUUCUAUCUACUGGUAAUACUUCUUCUCCACCCUAACGUUAAAAUAUUUCAUAACUGGUAAUUAGCUAUACAGUAAUAGCCAUUUCCUGGGUGUAAAUGGGACACUUAAUGUAUUCCUUUUGUAGCAUCCAGGGUAUGUUGUAAUGUGCUCUGGUUACAAGUUUUGUCAGCUAGGUGUCUUUUUAUUAAUUUAUUACUUUUAUUGCCCACCUUCCUUUCAAGAAGCUCAGGGCUGCGUGAUACGUGAUUUUCCUCUCCUCUUUUUUUUCUUACAGCAACCUGUAGGGUAGGACAGGCUGAGAGAUAAUGACUGACCAAAGGAUACUCAGUGAAUUUCAGCAGCCCCUGCACCACACUACCUUUGACUGCCUCAUGUACCUGAAGACUAUGCUAUAUAUUUCUGUCUGUAAAGGUCCUUUACUAUCUCCCACUUCCUAAAAUAGUUAUUGCAGUACAUUGCUGUUAUUGUCAAUUUCCAUUGUUUCUGAACGUGCCCAGGUUAUUCUCCCCACCUCACCCCCAAUUUAGGGUUGUUUUUUUAAGGGCGGGGAAUUGCCAUUUACUGAAAGAAAUGUAGCUACAACCUCCUUUGUACCUGUUCUUUCCAUCCACUCAGCUGAUGCUUCUUGCAGCUGUGCCUGUCUCGGCCUGAACUCUUCCAUCUUACUCACUUCCUGGUCAUUUCCUCCUUUCAAAUUCUACAGAUCCUAAGCUCCCCCAGGGAGAAAAAUGCACCAAAGAAAGUUAUACCCCUAGCUUGUUUCUGCAUGGAGUUGGGUGCUAGGUCUUGUGUUUUGACCCGUGCAAAUAAAAAAGCGCUGUCUCCAAUAUGGAUCCGGGGACGGACGGACCAUGUGCACUUGAAUAAGCAGUGCACUCAAACCGAGACAUCUAAGCAGAAACCCAGAACUGCAAUUGCAGUGGACACAGACAGCCUGAAGUCUAGCCCUAUUAACCAGUGAUUCAUUUCUUUUUUCUUUUUUUAAAGAAAGGUUGUGAAAUGUGUGCAUUCUUCUAAGUAACUGCUUCCUUAGCUAUAAAAACCAGUUCUCUUUUCCCUUCUCUCAUUUCUCUGCUUGUUUCCAUUUCCAUUCUCUCUCUCUAAGUAGACUGUAUUCUGACAUAUUCUUCAGUCUGUACCAAAACUACAGUAUUCCUCAGUUAAUGUUUUAUGUUACAUCAUGGAAUACAUUAUAAAGAUGGUGGAAGGAAACAAAUGUUUCUCAAGUUAAAAGACAUAAGAACAUUCCUGCAGGAUUAGUCCUGCACAAGGACUUCUGCUAAUGCAAUGGGGGAAAGGCUCUUGUUCCACUGCAGCACAGCAGCCCUUUCAUACUUUGCUUCAAGGUUGGCUGUUACAGGUGACCUCUUCAAUGCUCCUUUGUUAAAGUGAUCUUGCUGUGCUGGACAGGGCAUAGAACAGGGAUGGGGAACAUGGUUUCUUCCAGAAGUUAUAGAAUCAUGGACUUGGAAGGGAACACUAGGGUCAUCCAGUCCAACCCCCUGCAAUGCAGGGAUCUUUUGUCAUUGGACUCUACUUCCCAGCAUCAGCCCCAACUUGCAUGGCCAAAGGUCAGGGAUGAUGGAAGUUGGAGUCAAAUAACACAUGGAGGGCCACACAUCCCCCGCACCUCCGUCACAGGAGGGGCACGGCAGAAGUGCAGUGCCAUUUGCUGGAUCAUAAUCUGGUAAACAAGAACCCAAGUCUCGAGUUUCAAAGAACUCCUCUUCAGAAUAAUUCUUUGCAGGUCAAAAGUGGAUAUUCUGCUUUUUACCAAUAGAAGUGGGACAAUUUAAGAUAAAAAAUGAACUGUAUUGCCAUUUAUCUUUUUACCUUUAAGGGUAUCAAUCUCACUGGGUGACCUCAGUCUCGCCUAACCUCCCUCGCAGGGUUGUUGUGAGGAUAAAAUAGAAAACAGGGAGCACUGAACCAUGUGUGCCACCCUGAGCUCUUUGGAGGGACGGAUAAAAAUGAGAUACAGUAUAUUGUAAAUACAGUCAUUGAAUCACAGGGGUCAUUCUGUGGAAGAGGCUGGGAAAUCAAUAUGUUCAGUAACCCUGUUUGAACUACUUCUUAUAGACUGAUAGCCUAGGGGUGGAAAGCCAUUUAUUCAGCACAAUGGGGACCACACUGAGCUGGACCUCUGUCAAUGCUUUCCUGAUUUUAUUUAUAUGGUAUAGCAUGAAUAUGCUAAGAUACCGGGCUGUGCCCUAGUGAGCAGGUAGCUAUUCCUUUUUGAAACUUAUUGUGAAAGACCUAGUGUAUUCCUGGUGUUACAGAUAUUCUUGAGGCUGAGGACUUUAUUUGUAUUGUAAAUACUUUCCUGCUACUGAAUACAUUUGUGGCACAUUCAGUAUUUACUGAAUCACUUUCCUGCUAUGAAAACAAUUCUGCCCAAUGUAAUAAAAUGAUGUUUAUGUAUGUAUUAAGGAUAUGCAGUGACACACAUCUCCUCUUCUUUUUAUUAACCCCAUGGACAGUUAGUCACUGAAUAUAUCCCCAUAUGUAUGAAGGAAAUGUUUAAGUGAAAGGACAGAGCAGAAUUCCUGAUUCCAGGCUGCUGAAAGUUUAGCUGGAAGGUCAUUUGAAACAAAGCAAUAUACAGUGGUGCCUCGCUAGAUGAAUUUAAUUCGUUCCACGGGUCAAUUCUUAUAACGAAAAAUUCAUCUAGCAAAUCCCAUAGGAAUGCAUUGAAUUUUUUAUUUUUGCCCAUAGGAACGCAUUAAUUGAAUUUCAAUGCAUUCCUAUGGGAAACCGUGAUUCGCUAGACGAAUUUUUCAUAAAACGAAUUCGUCUAGCGAGGCAACCUCAGCUCGAAAAAUCCUUUUGUUAAGCGAAAAAUUCGUCUUACAGGGCGUUCGUCUAGCGAGGCACCACUGUAAAUAUACUCAGGGAACAGUUCUGUGGAGACUCUGAGAAGACGUACCGGUAGGUCCUGAACAAAGACAGGAAAUAAUUACAAAAAAAGUUGGGAAACAGCUCAUGUUUUCCCAAGUCACAGCAUAGAGGAUUCAUCCAUGCCAUGGAUAUUACCGGUAUUAUUUUUUGCCUUCAAAUGAGACUUCAAAGUGUCAGCACAGUGAGAAAGCCAUGUUAGCAACCUGAUACUUUGGUCCUGAUGUUGCAGUUGGACAGGUGAUGACCCAGCAACAAAUUAUCCCCUCAUAUUUGGGAGUUAACAUAAUAGGAUGGUCUUUGCCUGAGCUUUCAUUCCUAUCUUUAGCCAAAAAGCAAUGGUUGAACAUGGAAUACAGCACUCAGUUGCUCCACACAACCAUCUUCUUUUGCUUUUGUAUUCUCUGCUGUUCCUGUAGCUGAGCCAUCUCCACCGCACUAGGUAUUGUCUCUAAAUGUAGCAUGCAAACUGUGAGACAGGUUCCCCUAGAACUCUGAGUGCGGGGGUCAUAAAGAGCAUGUAACAAACCUACAGAGGAUAGAAAUAUAUGAGGCUGCUUACUAGCAAAGAUUCUCUGUUUCCUGAAGUUUCGGUGUUUGAAUGGAUAGCCACCCUUAGUUUAUAGGGAAUAUACAAUGUUUCGGUUUAGGGGAGUGGAAAUAAGUUUUAUGAGCAGUGCUGUGUUGAUCUGCUACAAGAUGUGAUCCAGAUGUUUUGACAACAAAUGUCCUGGGGUUGCACUGUGGCAGAAUUAUUUAUUUGUUAAUUACGAAGUAUCGGUACCAUCCUCUAGGUUGCUGGUGCUCUAGCCCGAGAAUGGAACAGGCCAAGUUCGGUCUCUUGAGAUGAAGCCUGCUGUACUUAUUAUUUUGGCUGUGGCAGUAUAAAACUUUGUCCAUUUGGGGACUAUUAUAGUAAGGAAGUGAGGUCAUAAUCUGGCCCCCUUGUUUCUCAAAUGUUAAAACAUAUUCCUACAUUAUUUGCACCUAUAGGCAUCUAACAGCCAUGAGACCCAAAUGUUUUUGGACGUACGCGAUUUUCGAAUACACAUGGAACCCCUGGAAUUGAACCCCCACAUAAGAUACAAUUGUACUAUACAGAGAAUUUCCUGCAGAGGUUUUGCUUUUUUGUGUACAUGUGGGAGAGAAAGCCUAGGGUUUGUGGUCUGAUCCCUCAAGGUGCUACUUGUGUUCGUAAGACUGACUAUUUAUGAAUCCUUUACACCAGGGGUCAGCAAACUUUUUCAGCAGGGGGCCGGUCCACUGUCCCUCAGACCUUGUGGGGGUGGACGCGGACCAUAUUUUGAAAAAUAAAUUAAAAAUGAACGGAUUCCUAUGCCCCGCAAAUAACCCAGGGAUGCAUUUUAAAUAAAAGGACACAUUCUACUCAUGUACAAACACGCUGAUUCCUGGACCGUCCGUGGGCCGGAUUUAGAAGGCGAUUGAGCCGGAUCCGGCCCCUGGGCCUUAGUUUGCCUACCCAUGCUUUACAUAGAUUAGAACCUUGACUGUGAAGGGUUCCCAAAUGUGCCCUCUCGCUUUGUAAAUGUAAAAGAUGUUAGUGGAUCAUGGGGAUCCCAAUAAAAGAAAACAGAGCAUGUAAGAAUGAAGUCAGCCCUCCCUCUGCGCUUGCAUUUGCAUGCCUAGUGAAGAUGUCCCAAACAAUUUGGUUCAUUGUACUCUUUGUUCUUUGUUCUUGCUAGUUAAUCAUCUUCGGCUUGUAUAUGCUGCCUUUGUGGCGACACAUAUGGCGCUGCCCUAGAAUGAACAGCAUUUCUUUCACAUUUUGCCCUGGUCAGUUUUGCUAUAGAAAUCAGGUUAAACCGGGUGUCUCUGCGGAAGGUAGCACAGUGCAGAGUCUCUGAGCUGAAUUACCUGGAGCAGAUGAAACAUGAAAUGCAAAUCUGUCGUGAUACCUUGCAUGUUCUGCAAUCUGCUGCUUUCAUAGCUGGGGGAAAGGGGAAGAAACAUCUGAGAAGCGGGGCUUGGUGUGAUAAAUGGCGGCUCUUGCUUACAAUGAGAAAUGUGAAAGCCUUUGAGUACAACACUAUUACAACCGUACCCACUACAAAGCAAGGGUAGAAACUGGUGGAGGCUGAAUGGGGCACAACCCCACCAAUAUCAAUAUGCCCUUGGCCAGCUCCCACCUGCCUGCCUUCUUAUUUAUAGGAGUGGCCCAAGCUGUCAGCUUCUUCCUUCUUUGUCUCAGUGUUGCCCUUGUAAGAACUUAGCAGGGUGGAGAAUGGGGGCAAAACCAGGAUUAGUUGGUUCUGCCAUUGGCUUUUGUGGGGAAAGUGGGGUUGACAAGGCACUUGAAAGGAGCGGAGAGUCGAUAUAUGGGAAGGAAGGAAGUAGCCAGAAAGAGGGGAAUAAACUUAAGAGACAGCACAUGGGCAGUGCAUUACAAUUCCUAAACAACUGGCAGAAAACCCACUGGGAAGAAUUCAACAGUGCUUCAGCAUGCUGGAUGGAACAAUUACCGAUAAAGCCACCAAUCCCCUGAAUAGGCAAGAAGACUGGGAGUACAUCAUUGGCUUCUGCGAUCAGAUCAACAAAGAACUUGAAGGUCCACAGAUAGCUGUGAGAUUGCUGGCUCAUAAAAUCCAGUCACCGCAGGAAUGGGAAGCAGUCCAGGCCUUGACUGUGCUGGAAGCUUGCAUGAAGAAUUGUGGGCAAAGAUUUCACAACGAAGUAGGGAAGUUUCGUUUUUUAAAUGAGUUAAUUAAAGUUGUGUCUCCCAAGUACCUGGGAGACAGAGUAUCAGAGAAGGUCAAAAGCAAAAUAAUUGAGCUGUUGUACAGCUGGACGGUGGCUCUGCCAGACGAGUCCAAAAUCAAAGACGCCUACUACAUGCUGAAAAGACAAGGCAUUGUUCUGUCUGACCCUGUAAUUCCUGCAGAGAGUACCCUAAUCCCCUCCCCUCCAGCUCGUCCCAAAAACCCUGUGUUUGAUGAUGAAGAGAAAUCCAAGCUUUUAGCUAAACUGUUAAAAAGCAAAAAUCCAGAUGAUUUGCAAGAGGCAAACAAGCUUAUUAAAUCUAUGGUGAAAGAGGAUGAGGCCCGCAUACAGAAAGUCACAAAGCGCAUGCACACGUUGGAGGAGGUGAACAACAAUGUGAAGCUGUUGAAUGAGAUGCUGGUUCACUACAGCAAAGAAGACUCUUCGGAGGCUGACAAAGAGCUGAUGAAGGAGCUCUUUGACAGAUGUGAAACCAAGAGGCGGACGCUAUUCAAACUGGCCAGCGAGACGGAGGAUAAUGACAGCACUCUGGGCGACAUCCUGCAGGCUAGUGACAACUUAUCACGCGUAAUAAAUUCCUAUAAAAGAAUUAUUGAGGGGCAAGUCGUCAAUGGCGAAGUGGAUAUUCCUGGGCUGCCUCCAACAGAGGGAAGUGAUUCUUCCAUUAACAUCAGUACGCUGAUUGACUUGGCGGGCCUGGACAUUUCUAGUACUCCGCCACCGCCACCGAUGCCUCCAAUGACAUUGACCCCAGCACCGACAUUAACCCCAGCUCCAGCCUCGUCAGAAAUCCCCAUCCUCCCACCUCCCCCUCAGGCCAUCGGUCACUCCCGGAGUCGUUCAUCGAGCCAGGCAGAAGCCACUUCCGCUCUCUUGACUGGCUCGGCCAAUUCCAUCUCCUUGCUUGAUGAGGAACUGCUAUGCUUAGGCCUGAAUGACCCGGCUCCCACUGCAGCAAAAGAAGCUCCUGAGAGCAGCCAAUGGAACAUGUUCCAGAAUGAACCAGUCGAUCUGGACUUCUUGAACCCAAAACCAGCUUCCGUUGCCUGUAACUCACCUCUUCUCGCUGCCCUGUCGCAGCCCACGGGUAGAACGUCAGCCUCUCUUGCCUCCACAUUCACAGCCCCGCAGCCUGCCCCUACCUCAGCCCCAUUCAUAUUCUCUGCUGCAGCACCACUGGGACCGUCCAAUGCAAUGCCAGGUGCCCCCGGGUACCUGGGCUCUGCUAUGGGAAGUGGUGAUCUGCACAACCUGGAUCCCAUAGGACAUCUGGACGAGAGCAAAGGACCUUCGGCUCAAGCAAACCUAGGCGCCUCUGUGUUCCCUGGUGGAGUUGCAUUGCCUGCUGCUGCUGCACCUCUGACAUCCGCUUCAGGGCUGCCCAUUGCAGCUCCAGGAGUCCCUUCACUUCCCUACCCAGGCAGCUGCCCUGUCGGGUCAGGAAGCCCCCUCUUCCAGCCAGCCUCCUUCCAGCAGCAAGGAAGUCCUCUGAAAGGACCAGAGAUCUCCUUGGGCAACGUUCACGUCCCACUGGAGUCCAUUAAGCCAAGCAGCGCUCUUCCUGUGACGGCUUAUGACAAGAACGGUUUGCGCAUCCUCCUGCAUUUUGCCAAGGAGUGCCCCCCUGGGCGGCCCGAUGUGUUGGUAGUGGUGGUUUCAAUGUUAAACACAGCGCCCCUUCCUAUCAAGAACAUUGUGCUACAAGCAGCAGUGCCAAAGUCCAUGAAAGUGAAGUUGCAGCCACCUUCGGGGACAGAGCUAGCUCCAUUCAAUCCCAUCCAGCCACCAGCUGCUAUCACCCAGGUCAUGUUGCUGGCAAAUCCGAGGAAGGAGAAGGUGAGGCUGAGGUACCGGCUGACUUUCGUGUUAGGAGACCAGCCCACCACAGAAGUGGGGGAGGUGGAUCAGUUCCCCCCAGUUGAGCAGUGGGGAAACCUAUGACCCAGAGGGGACCCCAAAGGGACUGGAAUGAAUGUGAACUGGAAAGGGCGCAAGUGGUAUCCAGCAGCGAUAUUGAGCUUUGUUUAACAUGUCCUGUCCACUCCACUUGUAGCUUUAGUCCAGAAUGUUUCCUGCACUCUGGGGUGAAGCAGUCGGGGGCAUGAACACAGAGCAUGAACUUGUCUAGGCAAGCCAGAAGUAGAGGCCUGGAUGGUUUCUUUACUUUGGCCAAUCCGGUUCUAUCUUCCACUUUGUUAAACUUGAAAUCUGAUCAUUCUGGUGAGCUUCGUAAGCAGAAACGGAACACUCAGUGUUGGCCAGAUGUCUACAAAGGGCUAUGAUGCCUUCGUAAAUUUCUUUGGGGCAGAGCCCUAACAGAUGUUCCUGUGCUCAGUUUUUUUGUUUACCUCCUUGGUGCCAGAACUUAGGACCACCUGCAGGCUUGCUGGGUAAUAAACACAAGGUCCACAAGGGGAGAUUUCUGCCAUAACCUGACACUCCCAUUUUCUUUUGUAAGGCAACAUUCUACCCCAAAAGCCAGCACAGCUCAUACAGGUGGAACAAGCUGUGUUGUUUUAUACAUGCCACAUGUGAACGUAAAAACACAUAGCUCUCAAGCUGCUGCCUUUGAUUUUAUACUUCCAGCUGACUCUGCAAUGUGCGCUUUCUAGGCAGCUGCUACAUUUUGGGUGCACAUGGCUCUACAGUUGGUUCCCCCUCAGCAUUCAACAACUGUACUCCGUUUGCGGGGGGGCGGGGCGUUAAAAACGAUGACAUCCACUCUUGGUGCAUCUGUCAAUCAGGGUCAAAGGUAGGAAACGAUUGCAGCUAAGACCUUGAUUCUUUUUUCAAAGGCAGUAUUAGUAGUUAGGAAUAUACACUGUACAUAGAACUAUAGGAAAACACCAGACCAAUGGAUAAGGGGAAACAGAAGCCAUGGCAAUGCAUGUGCUGAGUUGAUUAUACUGUAUUUUAUUCAUUCCAAAUAUUAAGUGGUUAAGUGCAAUUGUCUCCAGGAGGAGAUCCCUGUGUUGAGUCAGUCGGACUAACAGUCCAACAUAUGGCACGUAAGCCAUAAAGUGAGUAUCACUGCUUUGGGUCUAGUAGUCACUUCCUCUGAUCUACUACAAUUAUUUUUGAUCUGAAAUAUGUUUUCAAAAAAUAGUUGUCCUGAAUUAACCAUUUUGCUUGGUUAUGAAGAAAAAAGGCUGUUUAGAAAAAAUUUAAACACUGAAGUAGGCUAAGAAUUGCUAGGUGUAAUUUUAAGUGCUUCUUGCCACACUGAUCUGAAGGUGGAAACUUGGCUUAAGCUGAAUUAAUUACGUUUCUUAAAAGCUGAGCCAGUCUUACAAGCAGCCGUUCUAAUUUUCUGGACACCUUGUACUUAACACGGAAGAGAUGGAACAAUUGUCUCCUACAAAGGCUUGGGUACUCACUGGGCUAAGGGUUUAUGGGCAGUGCAACCUAAUCUGUUGCAACGUAAAGAGCUUCAGCAGUUAUUUGGAGGGUUCAGCCUUGUGUACAGACUUGUAACUGUACAGAAAGGGACAGACAUGGUCCAUAUGAACAAAGGAGAGACUUGGAGGACAGCGUCCGCUAUGUUUAGCGGCUGAGAACAGGGCGGCAUUUCUUCUGCCUCUUGAUCUGGUCCUUUCCUGUAUUUCAGUCUCUCUGCUGUCACGUUUUUGCUUAGCGAGUCUGCCCAGCUGCCGUAGCAUAUCUAGAGAGAGCAGGUUUCACUGCUACAGCUUGCCUAUGAGCAAGUCACUCUCUCUCUGACUGAGGAAACCGGAGGGAGGGGGGUGGGCACAACUGCUUUCUGCCUAAUGGCUUUCUCAGUGUCAGCAGUGCUGCCAUAACCCUGCUGUACAAGCCCAGUAGCAAGAUCCCGUCGUCUCACUGUGUGGAAAUGUACUGUUAGAAGCUUCAGAAGUUAUUUAUGAAUGUUACUUGUUCAUAGGCUGAAGUUGCAGCUUCCUACCAAACACGCAAAAGACUGUAAAUAUGUCUCGGAAGUACUUGUUUUUCUGCACGUUCAAUAAAAUUGCUUUCUCUACUCUGCUUCACCUGCCUUGCUGCCAGUUAAUACUGUAGGGUGUUCCCUGCUCCCUCCUAACUCCUAGGACUCAACCACAUACUAUUGUUUCUCUUAAGAACAAUAGUCAGAAUAAAAACAGAUCCUUCAACUAAGCAGAAGCAUUCUGUGAUUAAAUAAUGCUCAGAGUUCAGGUUGGCUGCUGCUUAGGAGAUGGAGGCUUGGAUGAAAGUUUUUGUGGCUUAUUUUAAAAGCUGAGCUGCACAGCUUCAUUCAGUGGAAUGAGGGUGAAAGCAAGGAUGCCGAAAACUGCAAAUUAGAAUUAAAGCUGCUUCUUGGGUAAGAAAGUUCUAAAUCAUUUUUGUUCCUUGAUCCUGCAUGAAUGGAGAUUUGGGUUGGUUUUAGAUUAUCAAAUGGACUAGAUCUGGAUGUUCAUUAUUAGGGUCACCUUAGGAGGUUACUUACCUUAAGUAAUCUUAAGUUGUUGAAGUCUAGGAAAGCAGAAAGCUCAAUUUCCAUUGAAUUCACUGGAGAAAGGAAUUUCCUCUUCCAGGGUUAUAUGUUACAAAAGGCAAUUUUAAAAAGAAAAGUGCAAAAGAUGAAAUUUAUUCCUAGAAAAAACAGCCAUGAUAUGUACAGUAAGUAAUUGACACACAGUUUGUGAGCUGCUCCAAUAAAGUGACCUCAUGAUUCUUCCAAUGUGCCUUCUUUGACAAUGGCUCGUGCAAGGUUUCGCGCUAGACCAAUUCUCAGCAUUUCCACCUUCAUGGUCUCAGCAUCAUCCUCCUGGAAACACAAAUAAUCUUAGGAGUUCACCAAAUUGGACAGCAUUUAAUGAGGCCAAGCCCUGCCUUUAUCUGCCCCACACUUCAUGACAUAUAUGUCAGGUGUAAGGCAGAUGUGUGUGGCUUUCCUGGUGUUCUGAAAUAGGCCAGAGGUUCCCCAUCGCUGAAAUACGCUAAUCUACUGUCAUUUAAACUGAUAUUUUGUAUGUGAGCUGCAAUUUACACAUUACUAAGCAUUCUUCUGCCAGCUUAUUUUACGGCUGUUGGGAAAGAAAGCGCUUCCAGUUAGUUUGCAUUCAACAUGUGGAAGCAUCUUUCAAGGUGCUAUGAAUCACAGAAAAUAGGAUUACAUGGAACCAAGUGUCUCUGUUUCUUUCUCUUGUUCUAAAAUGGCUAAGUUCCAACCUGCUAGAAACAGCCAUACAUCAUGUAACUUGCUAUGAAUUAUUCUAUUUUACUACCUUGAGACCAAAACUUUUCUUUCUAUAAAACACUCUUAGGCUGCGGGGAUCAGUAGAUGUUUCCUCUGCUGUUUCCGCCUUUUCUCAAGCUACGCCAUGUGAGUGAAAACUCAGGUCAUUUUUCUGAGCCCUCUGCACUUCUCCAAGGGCUCAAGGAAAAGGACGAGGCUGCAUUCACACAUCAUGGUGAAACAUAGUUAAUAGUUUGUGAAUGUGCAGGUGACUCCUGCUUUAUUCCUUCUCCAAGGAGCAACAAACCAAGGUCCAUGGCUUUGUGUUAUCUUAUGAAUCGGAGACCGAUUAGUUCCCCUCCAAACAAACAAUGAUAUGAAGCCAAGGUCUGGGACAAUCUUACCUGGAGCUGCUGGUUUUUCGAUUCUGCUGCCAUCACAUCUUCCAAGCAUUUCAUCAGUUCAUAUGUCUGUUCAGCAGAGAAUAUCACCUGGAGGAAAACAGUAGUUACCAUCAUACAACUGCAAUUUCUUCCAGCAUUUAUUUACUGGAAGUGGACUUUCAAGCUGCUGAUGUGUAGCAGGUCAUGCAUCUAAACGUGAAAGGUGUAAUCACAGUGACCAAUGAGAUUAAAAAGCUGAAUAUCUACACUGUGUAAUGCCCUUUGGUUUCCUCAACCUGGUUGUGGCUUUUAGGAAAAGUGUUGUGAAUUGAUGGUUGGGUGCUGUAGUAGACCAAGGCCAACCGAUUUCUGUAGAGCACCAUUUCCACUGUCCAACUGAAAAGGAUCCCGAGUUAACCAGCUUGCUGAAAUACAAGCCCUUGAGAAAUAGCCAGAGUGAACCUCAGGGGGAACUUCGUGACUUACAGCUUAGUAUCAAGGUUAACCGAGCCCAUCUGCAGGAAGGCUAAAGCUCUUAAAGUAAUGAGUCUCUUUCUUUGAAGAAGCAGGUGAUCAAAGAGGAAGGUCACACAUCCAUCUCCCCUGCAAACACUAGACUGAGUUUUAGCAAUUACACAGAGUGCACUUGGCUGCCUAUCCGCUGCCACUGUCUGAAUCUUCACAACCAUACAGCUCUGGAGCUCUCUGGUUUUCCCAGGAAAGGGGGGACAUUCCUUAGACUACUACCACCACCGGCAGGUAUUUCUACUGUUUGGAAAUAUCACACUUGCCUCUUUCUGCUCCAGGAGCGGAAGUGCAUCAGUCAGUAAGGUCAUCCAGAAGGAGCAAGGAGCAAUACGAGCCGUCAUCAAUGUCAACAGCAGCUUAGCCGCUGCACAGAACCGCUUCUCGCCAUACAUCCGAUGAAAUUCCCGGUAUUUCCC